UUUCAACACCUCCUUCCUUGACAGUGGUAGAACUAUUUGUGCAACUUGGAGAAUAAGUAAUUAAGUAAGUGAUUUACAUAAGUGAUAUUUGUUUUUUGUUUUUUUCAUGGGAGUGACACAAUGGACUGGAUCAUUUCUACCACAGUGUUUUUGUCAGUGUUAAAAGCUGCACUGUGCUUCAAUAUUGAUCCUGUGGCUUGGAAGACCGUGAGUAACUCUGCUGCAGGUUUUGGAUACCAGGUGGUGCAAAGACAGUCAGAUUUGCUGGUCAGUGCCCCCCUUGAACAACUUUCACCAAAUGAAAGAGGGCAAAUAUUUAAAUGUUCCACCAAAGUCUGCACUCCAGUACGAGUACCAGUGCCAAGUUUUGCAGUCAACAUGUCCCUUGGUUUGACAAUGACAAGUGAUCCCAACACACAAAAAACUUUGGCAUGUGGUCCAACCAUCCCAAAGGACUGCAAAAGUAUCACCCAGUAUAGCGGUGUGUGCUUUGAGAUAGACUCUUCUGAUCGCGUUGGAUCCCCUGUGCCUUCUUCUAUUGAAGAGUGUCGAACUAUAGCAGACAUUGCAUUUCUGUUGGAUGGCUCAGGCAGCGUAGAAUAUUAUGAUUUUGAGAGAAUGAAGAAUUUUGUGAAAAGUGUUGUCAAGUCAUUCCCAGGAAAGGAUACAAAGUUUGCCAUCGCCCAGUUCUCCUCGAGAGUUGUCAUCCAUUAUUACUUCAAUACUUUAAAAAUGGAUGACUGGGAAUCUCAAAUCAAUAGUAUAAGACAGUUAACUGGAGGGACUCACACAACUACAGCCAUCAGAGAAGUUGUCAACAACGUCUUCUCAACAUAUAGAGGUUCCAGGUCAGAUGUUAAGAAGAUUUUAAUAGUCAUUACAGAUGGAGAAUCUAAUGAUGGGGGUGAUUUGCAAGGUGCAGCAAAUUUAGCUGAAAAUAAAAAGAUUGUUCGAUUUGCUGUUGGGGUGGGGGAUGCAUUUACAAAGCCCACAGCAAAACAGGAACUGUACACCAUUGCAUCUUCACGAGACAAAGUGUUUCAAGUGUCAAACUUUGAAGCUCUUGAUGUAAUACGGCAGAACUUGCAGGACCAAAUCUUCUCUAUCGAAGGAUCUCAAACUGGUGGAGAGUCACUGAAAAUGGAAAUGGCUCAAAGUGGAUUCAGUGCAGCUUAUGUGCCUCCGGGUUCUACACAGGGGAUUCAGAUGGCUAUUGUUGGUGCCAACCAGUGGAGGGGAGGCUUCAAGGAAUACAAUACAAGCAAGAUGUUCAACUCUUAUCAGCCUUUGGACAUAGAGCUUGACAGUUAUCUGGGUUACUCCAUGGCAGUCGCCAACACGUUGUCUGGUCCACUGACAAUUCUCGGUGCUCCAAGAUAUAAACACAGAGGAAUUGUGAUGUCGGUUUUUGCAAGCAGUAUCGGUGAAACAAUUGAUCCCUUUAAUUGGCAGUUCAAGAUUGGUGAAUAUUUUGGUGCAGUGGUUUGCGCCAUGGAUGUGAAUCGUAACAGCUACACUGACCUAGUCCUCAUAUCUGCCCCAAUGUACAUGGACAGUGAUAGAGAGGGAAGAGUUUAUGUUUGCAGCCUAUCACGUUUGAAAAUUGAGUGUCACUUCGAUUCUCCAUUAGUACUGAGAGGGGACGCAUCUGAACAAGGAAGAUUUGGGUCUUCUCUUGCUGUACUCCCAGACCUUAACCAAGAUGGUUUCAAUGACUUGGCAGUUGGAGCACCUUUGGAGAAUGACGGACAAGGUAGCAUUUACAUCUUCCAUGGUGAAAGAGGAGGAGGAGGAAGGAUUAGUCCUGCUUACUCACAGAGAAUUGCUUCCUCUGAGGUAAAGCAAGGACUGAAGUUCUUCGGGAUGUCGAUCAGUCAGUCUUCUUUUGACCGUAGUAAUGACAAUCUGCCUGAUUUAGCGGUGGGUUCAAAGGGAACAGUUGUCUUACUCAGGUCAAGGCCCAUAGUACUGGUGGAAGCUUCAGUGACAUUCAACCCGAACCAAAUCCAAACCCAAAACUCAGACUGCUCAACACCACUGGAUAACACAGCUAAAAUCUGCUUUACCAUGACCAAACACUCUGUCAUUGAUACAGCUAGAGCAAUUAUUAAUUACACUUUCACACUGGAUGCCCAACGCAAGGUCCCAAAUAACCGAGCUUACAUUAGGGACAAACAACGAGAGCAGACCGGAUCAUUAACUCUUACCUUUGAGCAAAAAUGCAACGAUGUGAAAUUCCUCAUUCAGGCCUGUCCAGAUGAUUCUCUGAAUCCAGUUAACAAUGAGCUCCAAUUCAUCUUUGACGGUUUGCCUUCUAGCUCAGGUCUCAGACCAAGUCUAGCCCAGCAGGCUCAGACAACAACUUUUCAUCCUUUGGUGUUUGAGAUCAACUGUGGCACUGACAACGAGUGUGUAGAUAAGCUGAAAGUGGAUUUCAACUUCACUGGAUCCUCUGAGGUUAAAGUAGGCAUGGAUGAACUGCUGGAUGUCACCGUCUCAGUGGAAAACAGUCAUGAAAACUCCUACAACAGCCGUGUCAUUCUCACUUACCCACCCGGGCUUUCCUACAGGAAGUUUACAUCACUGAAGGGAAGAAUUGAAUGCAACUCCUUGGACAGUGGAGCUGGCUUAUCUCAGGGAAGGACAGACUGCACUAUUGACAAGCCUAUUUUGAAGAGCAAUGCUAAGGUUCUCUUCAUUGUAUCCUAUGGGAUCGACACCACUUAUAAAUUUGACAGGACGUUAAUAAUCACUGCGAAUGCCACCAGUGGGAAUCAGCACGCCAGUGGAAGCGAACUUUACAAAAAGAAUACGAUUGACGUGAAGUACAGCAUUUAUGCUACAAUUGAAAGUUCCCUCACCUACACCAAUUUCAGUCAUGGAAAGAAUGAUUUGCAGAAACCAGUCCAUCAACCAAUUGUGCUUGCAAAUGACAACAGAGCACUGAAUUUAACUAUGGUGAUCAGGGUGCCAGUAAAGCUUGGUGAUAAAGACAUUUGGGUGAAUUCCAACAGCUUGCAGAUUCCAGACUGCCAAAGAGACACAGAUGAAAAACCUACAGUCACAAAUUUUGUUGCUGAGAUACAAAAAAAUAAGUCUGUGGACUGCUCUGUAGCCUGGUGCAGAGUGUUCAAGUGCAACCGAUUCAUGGGAAGCCUGGAGAGUCAAACAUACACAAUCUCUGCUAACCUUAGUUCAGAAUGGAUAGAGCAGAUUGGACUUAAGUCUGCCAGAUUCCUCUUGACCAGUACGGCCACUCUGGAGUUUGACAGAAACCAGUAUAUUUUCUUUUUACCAGGGUCAAAUCACAACCCUCUGGUUCACAAGAUUGAGACACAGGUAGAAGUGUAUCCUGAACCAGACUUCACCAAAGAGAUCAUCGGAGGAUCCCUGGGAGGGUUGGCUCUACUCAGUCUACUCACUGCUGGCCUGAUGAAGGCUGGAUUUUUUAACAGUAAAUACAAGAACAUGAUGAAUGAGGAACAAGAGGCUGGGGAAGGGGCUGAGGGAGGCGAACCCGCACCAGAAUAAGGAACAUCAGAUUAGUUCAUCUGUAAAAUAAAUUGUGCAUUUCUUAAUAGAAAAAAA